AUGAUUCAAGAAGAUAACAGGAAAAGUACAAGUCCAUCACCAUUUUACCAUAAGUGUACGCCAGCAUUGUUUGUUAUAAAAACAACAAAUGGGGAAUGCAUCAAUCGUCCAUGGCUCUGUUUCUCACCCAAUACAAAUAAAGUUUACUGUUUUGUUUGCAAACUUGUCUCAACUAAAGAUGUGGCAUUAUCCACUACUGGCUUCUGCGAUUGGAAGCACGCCACAGAAAGUUUGUUCGAGCAUGAAACUUCAAAGCCUCAUUUGGAGGCUGUAAGGUUAGUUACACAUCGUGGAAGAACUCCAGGGCAUAUACACGAGGAGCUUGAAAAGCAAGAAACCGAAGCAUGGGCUUAUUGGACUUAUGUGCUCAAACGUGUGGUGAGCACUAUCAAGUUUAUAGCAGAGCGCGGUCUGGCUUUUUGUGGCAAUGACGAACUAGUGGAUUCUCCUACAAAUGGUAAUUAUCUCGGCAUCUUAGAACUUAUUUCUGAAUAUGACAAUUUCCUUGCAGCACAUAUUAAAGUACAUGCUAACAAGGGUACUGGGCACACCAGUUAUUUGUCCUCAACGAUAUGCGAAGAGAUCAUUGCCGUAAUGGGCGAAAAUGUAUUGCGAGAAAUUGUGUCGAGAAUUAGGCAAAGCAAAUAUUUCUCUGUAUCCGUGGACUCGACUCCCGAUGAAGCUCACAUAGAUCAACUAACAGUAAUCAUUUGA